AUGACGUUGCCUCCAUUUGCCAUGAAUAGAGGAGAUGGCCCUCUCAGCUAUGCUCAGAACUCCUCCUACCAGAGAGGAGCUGUGGAUGCUGCAAAGAAUAUAAUCAAUGAGGAGAUCGAUACAAAACUCGACAUCAAACAAAUCUUAUCACCAAAUUCAACCUCAUUUAACCUUGUAGAUUUUGGCUGCUCCAGCGGACCUAAUACGAUUCUUGCAGUGAAAGUCAUAUUAGAAGCCAUAGAGAGAAAACUCAAGUCUAUUAACGGAUUGAACUCUGAUCAACAUUACCCAGAAUUUCAUGUCUUCUUCAACGAUCAACUAGACAACGACUUCAAAACUCUCUUCACUCUACUGCCACCCACAAAGCAGUUCUUUGCAGCCACUGCACCCGGUUCUUUCUACGGUCGCUUAUUUCCCAAGGCCUCAAUUCAUUUUGCUUAUUCAUCUUGUGCCCUGUGCUGGUUAUCUAAAGUACCGGGAGAGCUCAUUGAGAAAGCCUCUCCUGCUUGGAACCCUGGGAGGAUCCAUUACACGGGUGCGCCCAAACAAGUUCGGGAAGCUUACUUUGCUCAGUACAAGAAGGACGUGGACUUAUUUUUAUCUUCAAGAGGUGAAGAGCUUGUGAGUGGAAGCUUGAUGACACUUCUGGUUCCCGGUGUUCCUGAAGGACACUGUACCUAAGAGCCGUCUUCGAAAACAUCAUUGAGAAAUACUUUGGUAGCACCAGGGU